AUGGAGUCGUCCAGGGUCUACGUGAAGAACCUGCCUCCCACUAUCAACGAAGAAGACCUCCGCAGCCAUUUUUCGGCCCAGGGUCGGCAAGUCACCGAUGUCAAGCUCUUCCCCCAGCGCCGCAUCGGCUUUGUCGGCUACACAUCUCCCGACGAUGCUGCAAGGGCGGUCAAAUACUUCAACCGCACCUUUAUUCGCAUGUCCAGGAUUUCUGUCGACAUUGCCAAGCCGAUUGCAGACUCUACCGUGCGGUCAGCUGCCAAUGUUCCCCAGAAGCGCGAUGCUGCAGCGGGUGCUCCCCUGAAGCCUGCGGUAAAAGCAGGCGUACAGCAGAAUGAGGACACCAGCACCAAGAAGAGAAAGCAUGGCGUGGUUGACGAAGCCGAUCCGAAGCUUCAAGAAUUCCUUGAGGUCAUGGGCCACCCUAUGAAAAGGGCUAGGGACAACGGGGAUGCCAUUGGUGGUCUUCCGGAUGCGAUGCCCAUUGUCCCUGGACUGGAUGCUGAGAGUGACGACGAGUACGAGCAGAUCCCGGGGAGGCAGGCCAAGCAACCCCCGCGGGAGACUUCUGUGCAUGAGGCCGUUACCGCCCGUCCCGUUGCAAGCGUCGACAUGCCUGCAUCACAUGCUCUUGAUGGAGCGGUAGAGGAGGUGGUGCCCGAGUCUACAAGUCCGACUGGUGCGACAGGUGCGACAGACGAUGACUGGCUUCGGUCAAGGACGAAUCGCUUGCUGGACCUAGUUGAUCCUGAUGAUCCCGGAUUUUCUGCUCGUCCACGGGCGGCAGGGGCUGCUGCAGUGCCUACACCCGGGUCAUCUUCAGCCGGCACAACCCAGGCGAAGCCGUCAGAGGCUCCUUCAGGGGUGUCGGGUGACCCAAGCCAGGCACCCCACAGAAACGCGGAUCCCGAAGACGCCGUGAGCAUAAUUGAAAGAACUUGCAGGCUGUUUUUACGGAAUCUGAGCUAUACCGUCACCGAAGACGGCCUCAGAGAGCACUUCGCCGUCUGCGGUGAAUUAGAAGAGGUGAACCUCCCAUUGGACAAUCGGGGCAAAAGCAAGGGCUUUGCCAUGAUUCGGUACCAGCAGCCAUCUUGCGCUGUUGCCGCAUUCCAGUUGGAUGGUUCAGUUUUUGAGGGCCGCAUCCUACAUAUCCUCCCAGCGUCUCCCAAGCGUGAGUCCCAGCUGAACGAAUUUACGCUUUCCCAGCUGCCUCUGAAGAAGCAGAAUAUGAUCAGGAAGAAGGCCGAGGCUGCAUCAAACAACUUCAACUGGAACUCGCUCUUCAUGAGUCAAGAUGCUGUGAACACAGCCAUCUCAGAACGCCUCGGAGUGUCAAAACACGAGCUCUUAGAUCCUACAGAUGCAUCUGCUGCUGUAAAACAGGCAGUGGCUGAGACCACUGUCAUCCAGGAGGCCAAGGCUUAUUUUGCCGCCAACGGGGUGAAUAUUGAAGCAUUCAAGUCGGGGCGACGAGGAGAUACGUCGAUCCUAGUGAAGAACAUUCGAGCCACCACGAUUGAGGAGAUCAGACAGCUUUUCGAGGAGCACGGCCAGGUUCUGAGAGUGCUGAUGCCACCAAGCGGGACCAUUGCCAUUGUUCAGUUUGCACAGCCUGGCGAUUGCAAGACAGCAUUUGCCAAGAAGGCCUACUCGAGAUUCAAGGAGUCACCUCUGUUUCUCGAGAAAGGCCCGAAAGGGCUUUUUGUGGACACUGUAACUCGGCAGGACGAUCGCCCCGUCGGCGUACAGAAGCAAUCUGUUGCUGAGCUGCUGGAACGUGAUGAUGCCGAGGAUCAGCUGGAGACGAGCUCUCUAUUCGUCCGAAAUCUCAACUUCUCCACAACAAGCGAAGGCCUCACAGCCGUGUUCAAGCCACUGGACGGCUUUGUGAGUGCGCAGGUCAAGACGAAGACUGAUCCGAAAAAGCCGGGCCAGAUCCUCAGCAUGGGGUUCGGCUUCUGCGCCUUCAAGACAAAAGAGCAAGCUCAGGCAGCUCUUGGCGUCAUGGACGCGCAUGUUCUCGACGGCCACAAGCUUAUCGUCAAGGCAUCUCAUAAAGGUCACGAUGCGGCCGAAGAACGGAGGCGCGAGGAUUUGGCCAAGAAGGCGGCCAGCCAAGGUACGAAGGUAGUCAUCAAGAACUUGCCGUUCGAGGCGUCCAAGAAGGACGUGCGCGCCCUCUUCAGCACGUACGGCAAGUUGGUGGCGCUACGGAUACCCAAGAAAUUCAACCACUCAUCUCGCGGUUUUGCCUUUGCCGAGUUUUCUACUCCUCGGGAGGCUCUCAACGCACUCACGUCUCUCAAAGACACGCAUUUGCUUGGACGACGGCUGGUGCUUGACUUUGCGUCGGCCGAGGAGGUUGAUCCCGAAGAGCAGAUCAAGGCGAUGGAGAAGAAGAUCCGCGGACAGGUGAACAAGGUAGCCCUGCAACAACUUACAGGGCGAGGGCGGACAAAGGUCAAUAUUGGCGAUAGCGGCGAAGACGAGGCAUGA